AUGGCCUUGUUGAAAAGCUAUGAGAGAGCCAUACAAGCCUCGCGUGUCACGUGUCUAUAUGCCGAACAUGGUGGUGCGAAGAGCCAUGUGCCUCACCGGAAUACUACGAGACAUGUCUCCCCAGGUGAGAAAUGGCCGAAGACGGAGGGCAGAAGAAGAAACAGAAGAAGGCGUCACUUAUCUUGUUGGGAGCUGGCUUCGCGAAGGGCUUCUUUCUUCCCAACAGUAAUCAUGCUGCAAAUUGAAAGCGGACCAUAUUCAGGGCAGGGAGGCCCAGGAAAAGAAGCCUGGUUCCCGCUCCUGCUCUCGUUAUCAGCAGCAUCCGUGGUUCUCGCGAGUAAUGCACUCAAUUUCACACUCGAUUCACCAAGAUCUGGCUUUCCCGCACCCAGAUCUCGCAUCACGCAUCCUGUCGUGCCACCUCCAAUACCUGUUCUGAGCUGA